AUGCACCUGUGGCGCUCAGGGCAUUGGGGAAAAUCCUACUCGAUAGGCUUCGUCGUGAUCCGUAUCUCCAAAAAGCAGCCACUGAACAGCCAAACUGUUCAGUACACUUUUGACCUGUUGGUCACCAGACCCUGCAAUGAGAUUGACUCUUUUCAGACUCCGUUCUUCUAUUCAGGAAAACAAAAACAAUGUGUUCAGGAAAAGCAUCAGCAGGAGCUCUCUGAGUAUCCAAGGGAUUGUUUUGAGAUUUUUCAGCGUUCAAAAGGAAAUUCCCGAGAUGGUCUUUACAUCAUCCAACCAAAGGAGGACCCGAUUGUUGUCUCGUGUAACAUGCAGGAUGGUGGCUGGACAGUAAUCCAGCACAUUACAGCCAAUAGUACUGUUGACUUUGAUAGGACCUGGCAGGAUUACAAAUACGGAUUUGGCUCCGUUCAUGACAACCACUGGUUAGGAAAUGAAUAUAUGCAUCAGCUAACUAGCGGCUCCGUGCGAUAUAUACUUGGGGUUAAACUUGUAAACCUCGAUGCUGAAAUCAAGUGGGGACAGUAUGAACCAUUCCUUAUUGAAAAUGAAGAGUCUCAAUACCGAAUCAGGGUUGGCCUAUACCAAGGCAACGCCACCAAUGCUCUGACCCUGGAUACAGAAGCUUACCUGCAUGACAAUCAGAAGUUCACCACCAAGGACAGAGACAAUGACAACUACUUCCAGAACUGUGCUAAACUGGAACACAAUGGCAUCCCUGGGGGAGGCUGGUGGUACGACGCAUGCGCUGGAGCAAACCUAAACCGCAGGAAUGUGAUAUACUGGCAAAAGGACUGCAACAAGCAACGCCUGUGCAAGUUUGCAUGGAUGAUGAUCAAGCCCAUUGACCACAGCCUGUCAUACCCACCCAAAUCCUGUCCAUGUCCAAAAGUUGAAUUGUAG